AUGAUUGUAAAGUAUUACAAACGGUUCAAUCAUAAUCACUCAUGUGGAGACAUUCCUCCAGAAGCCAAUGAGAUAUUCAGGAAAAUGAAGGAGACUGGUCUAAUAAUUCCAUACGCUGUCGCUAUGCUUGAUGGACUCUGUAAAGAUGGGCUUAUUCAAGAAGCAAUGAAGCUAUUUGCUUUGAUUCGUGAAAAGGGUACAAUUCCAGAAGUUGUGAUUUACACUGCUGUCGUUGAUGGGUUUUGCAAGGCGGAGAAGCUUGAUGGAGCAAUUAGGAUUUUCAGGAAAAUGCAGAAUAAUGGUAUUCCUCCUAAUGCCUUCAGUUCCGGUGUCUUAAUACAGGGAUUAUACAAAUGUAAAAAAUUAGAGGAUGUUGUAGCUUUUUGUAUUGAGAUGUUAGAAUUUGGGCAUUCUCCAAAUCUAAACGCUUUUGUUGGCUUAAUUGAUGAGUUAUGCAAUGAAAAGGGUGUGGAUGAAGCUCAUAUUGUCGUAGAAACCUUGAAGCAAAAGGGGUUCUUGAUUAAUGAGAAAGCUUUAAGAGAACUUUUGAAUAAAAGAGCUCCAUUUUCACCACAUGUCUGGGAAGUGGUCUUUGGGAAGAAGAAUAAAAAGGAAUUUUUCCAUGUUCUUCUUAAGCUUGUGCGAAUUGGUGGGUAUGAAGAGAACGAUGUUGGAAAUAUAAAAGAAAUGGUUAAAAUUGCUCAGGAGCAAUAUUCAAACAAUCCCAAUGGAUUCGAAAAAUUGCUUAAUGAUGCUAAGAAGCCAUUAAUUGUGUUGGGAUCAUUGUACUUGAAAGCUUUUUGUACUCUGUUCUACCUUAAUGUAAUGAGCUACCUUCAUGUUCCAUACUAA